AACCCGUUACCCGUCCCCACGAACGGCUCGCCAGCACCGCCACCUCCGAUUCGCGUGCGGCGACCGUCGAUGGCGAACCCGAGGCGAGCCAUCGCGCUGCACAUCCAGACGCAGCCGCCGCCUCUCCCCAGCACCGCCGCCGCCCUUCCACCUCACACUCUGGCGUCGUCGCUGCUCCACUUCCUGAAGCGGCCGGCGUCCUUCCCUUUCCUUCUCUCACUCUUCGUCCUCCUCACCUGGCUCUCGCUCCGCUUCCACCACCCCUCGCCGCCACCGUCGCUCGGCGGCCGCCCCUCCGUUGUGCACGAGCCCCAGGCAAAUCUCGUCCGCUUCCCCGCGGAGCUCUACCCCACCCCCAUCGCCCGCGACGGGCGCGGGUGGCUACUGGACCCCGUCGCCGCCGCCCGUGACGCUGGCCUUCCAGGUGGAGCACUGGUCUGUUUACUACUUCAUGUUGGACAGAUCCAACCAGGUGGUUUACGUGGCAACCAUCGUCAUCACACUUGCAAUGAAACAUUCGUCAUCUGGGGCGCAAAGACAAAAUUCAGGUUGGAAAAUGCUGGCAUAAAAGAUGAAGGAUAUGGCGAAGCCAUGAUUGCUGCUGACGAGGUCGCUAUUGUUGCUAGUGCAAGAUCCACUGCACAUGCCUUGAUCAAUAUGGAUGUGCGACCAACCUUUUUCUUAGGAUGUCAGGAUACACCAAUAAAUCCCAACAGCUCAAAUACUGACUACAAGGUCUGGAAAGACCUAUGAGAAUUGCUGCACCAUUCCUGUAUCUGAGGGUGGGCAAUUGACAGGCCAAGAAGAUAUUGGAAAUGCAUCACGUCAAGACCUACGAGAAUUGCUGCAUUGUUCCUUUAUCUAAGGGUGAGCAAUUGACAGGCCAAGAAGAUAGUAGAAAUGCAUGACGCCUUCAAAAUUAUGUUCUUAACGUAGAUAGUUGUUUCUAUCAUUCUACGGUCAGAUAUAUGUGCAUAGUUUUGGGAACACUAGCAGCUGGUUACUCAUUUUUAUUUGUCGUGCCUAUUUUUUUGUACCCUUGUUUCCUUCUGUUGCAAUAUAGUCUCUCUGUCUCUAUCUAUCUCUAUUUGCUUCCAACUUUGUUUCCUGCUACUUUGUUUCCACAAAGUGUCUUGGACCUGC